GGGUUGUUUGUUAAUCCUAACUGAAAGCAGAGAUGGAGACGAGGGAAGAGCAAAUGAAUUUGAUUCCAAUAUCAGUUGUAAAUAACUCAGAAAACGGCAGUUUUUCAUUGGCUUCGAUUUCUCAUUCUUCUAGCAAAGAGGCAUUCUACAAAGUCAUCCGUAGCUGGGCUUCCAAAAAGUUUAUGACCGGAUGUGUCAUAUUACUUCCUAUAACAGUUACAUUCUAUAUAACUUGGUGGUUCAUUCAUUUUGUCGAUGGAUUUUUCUCCCCAAUAUAUAAACAUCUUGGGAUUAACAUAUUUGGCCUUGGAUUUGUGACCUCUAUCGCAUUCAUCUUCGUAGUUGGUGUAUUCAUGUCCUCUUGGCUGGGAGCAUCUGUGCUUAGUCUGGGAGAAUGGUUAAUCAGGAAAAUGCCAUUCAUUAGCUAUAUAUACUCAGCUUCCAAACAAAUAAGUGCGGCAAUAUCACCGGAUCAGAAAUCAAAGGCGUUCAAAGAAGUGGCAAUUAUUAAGCAUCCUCGGAUUGGAGAAUACGCAUUCGGCUUCAUCACUUCAACAGUUAUUCUUCAUGGGAGUUCAGGUUCAGAAGAACUCCACUGCGUUUACGUACCCUCGAACCACCUUUACAUUGGAGACAUAUUUCUCAUUAGCUCCAACGAUAUUUUAAGGCCUAAUCUCUCCGUUCGAGAAGGAAUUGAAAUUGUCAUAUCUGGUGGCAUGUCCGUACCUCGUAUACUGACCACAUUGGAUGCACUAGCCAAUGAAGCCCAGGAUACCGCUGGACUCCAAAACUCCAUCACUUCCCAAGUUGAUGGCAGUUGAAGCGUUUAACUUCAGAGCAAUUGCGUGGAAGAAGCUUCUCCGCUGACUUUAAUGGUUGAUAUUGGAGCUUGAAAGUACAGAUACAGACAUAUAUGGUUACUUAUUUUACCCUUUCUGCUGGGUUGUAAAUGAAUACAUAUAGAACCUAAUUCAAACCUUGAUUUUAA